CGGCCCUGCCCUCGCGUGCGUGGGGUGCCGCACCGCAUGGCUGGGAAGGCCACUGUGACUAUGUGGUGACUACAGUUAUCUUACCACUGAGUUUCCCACUGGAAUCAUGGAGGAGAAACAGCAGAUUAUAUUGGCUAAUCAAGAUGGUGGAACAGUGGCAGGAGCAGCACCUACCUUUUUUGUCAUCCUAAAACAGCCAGGAAAUGGCAAAACUGAUCAAGGAAUUUUGGUUACUAAUCGGGAUGCCUGUGCUUUGGCUAGCAGUGUGUCAUCACCAGGAAAAUCUAAAGGGAAGAUUUGUCUUCCAGCUGAUUGUACUGUGGGAGGAAUCACUGUCACUCUGGAUAACAAUAGUAUGUGGAAUGAAUUCUAUCAUCGAAGCACAGAGAUGAUUCUGACCAAGCAGGGAAGACGCAUGUUUCCAUACUGUCGUUACUGGAUAACAGGUUUAGAUUCAAAUAUGAAGUAUAUCCUUGUCAUGGAUAUAUCUCCUGUGGAUAACCAUCGUUAUAAGUGGAAUGGUCGCUGGUGGGAACCAAGUGGGAAGGCUGAGCCCCAUGUUUUGGGGAGGGUUUUUAUUCAUCCAGAAUCUCCUUCCACAGGUCAUUAUUGGAUGCAUCAACCAGUAUCUUUCUAUAAACUCAAACUUACCAACAAUACAUUGGACCAAGAAGGGCAUAUCAUCUUGCACUCUAUGCAUCGGUACCUGCCGAGGCUUCAUUUGGUGCCUGCAGAAAAGGCUACUGAAGUAAUACAGUUAAAUGGCCCUGGUGUCCACACUUUUACCUUUCCACAGACGGAAUUCUUUGCAGUAACAGCUUACCAGAACAUUCAGAUUACCCAGCUGAAAAUAGAUUACAAUCCAUUUGCUAAAGGCUUCCGGGAUGAUGGGCUGAAUAGUAAACCCCAGAGAGAUGGAAAGCAAAAGAACAGCUCUGACCAGGAAGGGAAUAGUGUUCCCAGUUCUCCUGGUCAGCGGGUCCGUCUUACAGAAGGUGAGGGGUCAGAGAUACAGCUAACUGAUUCAGAUUCUUUAUCAAGGGGUCAUGAAACGUCAGGCAAGUGUUUGGAGAAGCCUUCUCUUAGUAUAAAACGGGACUUUCUUGGUUUCAUGGAUAUUGAUUCAACUCUUGGUGAAGUUCCUCAAUUGAAACAAGAAGUUUCCGAAAGUCUUGUUGCCAACAAUUUUGAAGACGGCUCCCAUGUAGUGUCACCAUUAGACCCGAAUGGAAACUUCAAUGUUGUUAUUAAAGAGGAGCCUGUAGAUGAUUAUGAAUAUGAACUUGCUGAGUGCCCGGAAGGGGUAACUAUAAAACAGGAAGAGACAGAUGAGGAAACAGAUGUAUACUCAAACAGUGAUGAUGAUCCUAUACUAGAGAAACAGCUAAAGAGGCACAAUAAAGUUGAUAACCUAGAAGCUGACCAUCCGUCUUCUAAAUGGCUACCAAAUAGCCCAUCAGGUGUUGCUCAAGCUAAAAUGUUCAAGUUAGACGCUGGAAAGAUGCCAGUAGUCUAUCUGGAGCCCUGUGCUGUCACCAAAAGCACAGUGAAGAUUUCUGAGCUCCCUGAUAACAUGCUUUCCACAUCUCGAAAGGAUAAGUCUUCUGUAUUGACAGAAUUAGACUAUUUGCCCACGUACAUUGAAAAUACUGAUGAGACUGGCUUCUGCUUAGGCAAGGAAUCAGACAAUGGUCUUAGAAAACAUUCACCAGAUCUCAGAGUGGUACAGAAAUACCCCUUACUUAAAGAGCCUCAAUGGAAAUAUCCUGAGCUAUCUGACAGCAUUAACACAGAAAGAAUACUUGACAGUUCGAAGAGUUCAGCUGGGGACCCGUUUUUAGGAAAAGAGGACUUGGGCAGAAGGAGAACAACUGUGCUUAAGAUUUCAACAGCCUCCAGGGUUGUGAAUGCUAAUCAGAAUGCCCCUUCAAAUAUCCCUGGAAAAAGAGGAAGGCCACGAAAAUUGAAACUCUCUAAGGCAGGGCGACCACCUAAAAGCACAGGAAAAUCUUUAACUUCUACAAAGAGCACUCCUGUGGGUCCUGGGAGUAACUUUCCAGAUGUGAAGCCUGAUCUGGAAGACGUGGAUGGUGUUCUCUUUGUUUCCUUUGAAUCAAAGGAAGCUCUUGACAUUCAUGCAGUUGAUGGGACAACUGAAGAACCCUGUAGUCUUCAGGCAUCAACCACAAACGACCCAGGUUGCAGAGCAAGAAUUUCCCAGUUGGAAAAGGAACUGAUAGAAGACUUGAAGGCCUUGCGGCAUAAGCAGGUGAUACAUCCUGGUCUUCAAGAAGUGGGCUUAAAAUUGAAUUCAGUGGAUCCGACAAUGAGCAUUGAUCUUAAAUAUUUGGGAGUACAGCUACCUUUGGCUCCAGCCACUAGCUUUCCUUUCUGGAACCUUACCGGAACCAAUCCUGCCUCUCCUGAUGCUGGGUUUCCCUUUGUUUCUAGGACAGGGAAGACCAAUGACUUCACCAAAAUCAAGGGAUGGAGGGGAAAGUUUCAUAGUGCUUCUGCAUCUAGGAGUGAAGGUGGAAAUUCAGAAGGUCCACUGAAAAACCGUUCUGCUUUCUGCAGUGAUAAACUAGAUGAGUACUUGGAAAAUGAAGGCAAACUGAUGGAAACCAGUAUGGGUUUCUCUUCUAAUGCUCCUACAUCUCCUGUGGUAUACCAGCUUCCCACCAAGAGUACCAGCUAUGUACGAACACUUGACAGUGUACUAAAGAAGCAAUCUACCAUUUCCCCUUCUACCUCCUACUCUUUGAAGUCUCAUUCUGUGCCCCCUGCCUCUCGAAAGGCAAAGUCUCAAAACAAACAGGCAACUUUUGGUGGCCGAACUAAAUCAUCUUAUAAAUCCAUUUUACCCUACCCUAUUUCACCAAAGCAGAAACACACUCAAGUGAUUCCAGGAGAUAAGGUUGCCAAGAAUUCUUCAAGUACUAUCUCAGAAAAUCAGGUGAAUAACUUUGUUGUGCCAACUUUAGAUGAAAAUACAUUUCCAAAGCAAAUUAGUUUGCGGCAGGCACACCACCAGCAGCAGCAACAGCAACAGGGAACUCGCCCACCAGGCUUGUCUAAAUCCCAAGUGAAGCUAAUGGACCUGGAAGACUGUGCACUUUGGGAAGGAAAACCAAGGACCUAUAUCACUGAAGAGCGAGCAGAUGUAUCCUUAACAACUCUGCUUACUGCUCAAGCAUCUCUCAAAACUAAACCCAUCCACACAAUCAUAAGGAAACGAGCCCCUCCAUGCAACAAUGACUUCUGUCGAUUGGGUUGCGUGUGUUCCAGUCUAGCUUUGGAGAAGCGCCAGCCUGCUCACUGCCGCCGACCAGACUGCAUGUUUGGCUGCACUUGUUUGAAAAGAAAAGUUGUGCUUGUUAAAGGAGGAUCCAAAGCUAAGCAUUUCCAGAGGAAAGCUGCUCAUCGUGACCCAGUAUUUUAUGAUGCUUUGGGAGAGGAACAACGAGAAGAAGAAGAGGGAGUCAGGGAGGAGGAAGAACAAUUUAAAGAGAAAAAGAGGAGGAAGAAGCUAGAAUACACUAUAUGUGAAACAGAGCCUGAACAGCCUGUUCGACAUUACCCGUUAUGGGUGAAAGUAGAAGGUGAAGUAGAUCCAGAGCCAGUUUAUAUCCCAACGCCUUCUGUCAUUGAGCCUAUGAAGCCAUUGUUGUUGCCUCAGCCAGAAGUUUUACCUGCUACUGUGAAGGGCAAAGUGCUCACUGGAAUUAAACCUGCACGGGCUUAUACUCCCAAACCCAAUCCUGUGAUUCGGGAAGAGGACAAGGAUCCAGUGUACUUGUACUUUGAGAGUAUGAUGACUUGUGCCCGAGUUCGAGUAUAUGAACGAAAAAAAGAGGAACAGAGACAACCAUCACCAUCCCCAUCCCCAUCAUUUCAGCAGCAGGGCUCAUGUCAGUCUAGUCCCGAGAACUGUAGUGUAAAGGAGCCUGAUUCUGAACAGCAGCCAUUGAAACCAGUCACCUGUGACCUAGAGGAUGAUUCUGAUAAAUUGCAAGAGAAAAGCUGGAAGUCUUCCUGCAACGAAGGGGAAUCCUCUACCUCCUAUGUGCAUCAGAGGUCACCAGGUGGUCCCACCAAACUGAUAGAAAUCAUCUCAGACUGCAACUGGGAGGAGGAUCGGAACAAGAUUUUGAGCAUCUUAUCCCAGCACAUCAAUAGCAACAUGCCACAGUCACUUAAGGUGGGCAACUUCAUCAUUGAGUUGGCUUCUCAGCGAAAGAGCCGGGGUGAGAAGAACCCUCCUGUUUAUUCUUCUCGUGUGAAAAUCUCUAUGCCAUCAUGCCAAGACCAAGAUGAUAUGGCUGAGAAAUCUGGAUCAGAGACUCCUGAUGGUCCAUUAUCCCCUGGGAAAAUGGAUGAUAUCUCUCCUGUGCAGACAGAUGCCCUGGAUUCAGUGAGGGAGAGAUUACAUGGAGGCAAAGGUCUGCCUUUUUACGCAGGGCUUUCUCCUGCAGGGAAGCUUGUGGCCUAUAAACGUAAACCCAGUUCAAGCACAUCUGGGCUUAUCCAGGUUAAUGGUAAGAGUUACCCGCAGGCUAAGUUGCUAUUGGGACAGAUGGGGGCAUUGCAUCCAGCCAAUAGGCUAGCUGCUUAUAUCACAGGCAGGUUGCGACCCUCAGUCCUGGACCUCUCAACCCUCAGUACUGUCAUCUCCAAGGUAGCAUCCAAUGCCAAGGUGGCUGCAUCCAGGAAACCACGUACCCUGUUGCCUUCAACAUCCAAUUGCAAAACGGCAUCCUCCUCUGGCCCUACAACAAAUCGCCCUGGGAAGAAUCUGAAGGCAUUCGUCCCGGCAAAAAGACCGAUUGCGGCUCGACCCUCUCCUGGUGGUGUGUUCACACAGUUUGUGAUGAGUAAAGUUGGAGCCCUGCAGCAGAAGAUACCUGGAGUUAGCACACCCCAACCCCUAACAGGGCCACAGAAGUUCAGUAUCAGACCUUCUCCAGUAAUGGUCGUCACACCUGUGGUUUCUUCUGAGCCAGUUCAGGUGUGCAGCCCUGUGACUGCUGCUGUCACUACUACCACCCCUCAAGUGUUUUUAGAGAAUGUUACUGCUGUGACACCUAUGACUGCUCUUUCUGACGUGGGAACUAAAGAAACUACUUAUUCUUCUGGUGCCACCACUGCAGGGGUUGUUGAGGUUUCUGAAACUAAUACCAGCACCCCUGUAACACCUUCCCAGUCUACAGCCACUGUGAACCUUAUCAAAACGACUGGGAUAACUACCCCUGUGGCUUCAGUUGCUUUUCCUAAGUCUUUGGUAGCAUCUCCUCCAACUAUAACUCUUCCUGUUGCUUCCACUGCCUCCACCUCCAUAGUCGUGGUGACCACAGCUGCAUCUUCCUCCAUGGUGACCACACCAACUUCAUCUCUGGGCUCUGUUCCCAUUAUACUCUCGGGAAUUGAUGGGAGUCCACCAGUGAGCCAGAGACCAGAAAAUGCCCCUCAGAUUCCAGUGGCUACUCCUCAGGUCUCUUCUAACACAGUGAAACGUACUGGACCUCGAUUGUUGCUGAUUCCAGUGCAGCAAGGUUCUCCUACUCUUAGACCUGUUCCAAACACACAGCUUCAGGGGCAUCGGAUGGUCUUGCAGCCUGUUAGGAGCCCAAGUGGGAUGAAUCUAUUCAGGCAUCCUAACGGGCAGAUUGUUCAGCUCCUCCCCUUGCAUCAGCUUCGAGGCUCUAAUACCCAGCCCAACUUACAGCCUGUUAUGUUUCGGAACCCAGGCUCUGUGAUGGGGAUCCGGUUACCCACUCCUUCCAAACCUUCAGAGACUCCACCAUCUUCUGCUUCGUCCUCUGCUUUCUCUGUUAUGAAUCCUGUAAUUCAGGCUGUUGGGUCUUCUCCAGCAGUGAAUGUUAUCACUCAGGCACCAUCAUUGCUUUCUUCUGGACCUAGUUUUGUGUCUCAGUCUGGUACACUGACCCUGAGGAUUUCCCCUCCUGAACCACAAAGCUUUGCAAGUAAAACAGGUUCUGAGACCAAAAUAACCUAUAGUUCAGGAGGGCAGCCUGUUGGUACAGCCAGUCUUAUUCCUCUCCAGUCUGGUAGUUUUGCUUUGUUGCAGCUCCCUGGACAAAAGCCUGUUCCCAGUUCCAUUCUUCAACAUGUUGCUUCUCUUCAGAUGAAAAGAGAGUCUCAGAGUGCAGACCAGAAAGAUGGAACAAGCCUUUUAAAAAGAGAGCAGGAUACUAAGAAGGCCCUACAGUCAGAAGGAGAAGCUAUAGAUUCUGGGGCUAAUGUAAUAAAGCAAAACUCUGGGGCUGCUGCGUCAGAAGAAAUCCUGCAUGAUUCCUUGGUAGAUGGGGGUGAUCAUUUAGAUGAAGAAUCCCUUACAGAAGAGGGUCCUAUAAUUGUUAAACCUUCUCAGCACUCCUGUACCACUGGUUCACACAUAGAUGAAGACUAUAAAGAUGUUGAUGAAGAGUAUGGGAUUAGAAAUCAUAACAGUUCCAAAGAAAAACUGACUGUUCUAGAAGUUAAGACCAUUUCCAAAAAAGCCAGCAAUGUGACAGUCCAAAGUGUAAGUAGUAUACAGCUUAAAAAGCUUGGUGAUGUGAAAGUGGAACAACAGAAAGGAUUAGAAAAUCCAGAGGAAAAAUCAAAUGAAUUUCCAGUCAUCUCUAAGGAAGAAAGUAAACUCGAAUUAUCAGGGAGCAAAGUUGUGGAGCAGCAAUCUAUUCCACAGCCAGAGGCCAAGGAGAAGGGAUGUGGAGACUCUCUGGAGAAGGACAGUAUUAGGGAGAGAUGGAGAAAACACCUGAAGGGCCCUCUGACCCAGAAAUGUGUUGGAACUUCACAAGAAUGCAAGAAAGAGGCAGAUGAGCAGUUAAUUAAAGAAAUAAAGACCUGUCAGGAAAAUUCUGAUGUGUUUCAACAAGAACAAGGCAUCUCUGAUCUACUUGGAAAAAGUGAAACUACUGAAAAUGUCAGAGUUUUAAAAACUGAAUGUGAUUCUUGGAGUAGGAUUUCUAGUCCUACAGCCUUCUCCAGUGUUCCGAGGAGAGCCACAAAAGGGAGCAGAGGGGAAGGACAUUUUCAAGGUCACUUACUGCUGUCAGGAGAACAGAUACAACCAAAGCAAGAGAAGAAGGGUGGGCGAAGCAGUGCUGACUUGACUGUUUUGGAUUUGGAAGAGGAGGAUGAGGAAGAUGAGAAUGAGAAAACCGAUGAUUCUAUUGAUGAGAUUGUGGAUGUUGUUUCUGACUACCAGAGUGAGGAGGUUGAUGAUGUAGAAAAGAAUAACUGUGUAGAAUACAUUGAGGAUGAUGAGGAACAGGUGGACAUUGAGACUGUAGAAGAGCUCUCUGAGGAAAUUAAUGUUUCCCAUGUGAAGACCACAGCUGCCCAAACACAGGCUUUCAAACAGCCGUGCCGUACCCAUAUCUCUGCAGAUGAAAAAGCUGCUGAAAGGAGUCGAAAGGCUCCACCAAUUCCUCUAAAACUGAAGCCUGAUUACUGGAGUGAAAAACUACAAAAAGAAGCAGAAGCUUUUGCUUAUUAUCGCCGGACACACACUGCCAAUGAGCGUCGCCGGCGUGGUGAAAUGAGGGAUCUCUUUGAGAAAUUGAAGAUCACAUUGGGAUUGCUUCAUUCUUCCAAGGUUUCCAAAAGUCUCAUUCUCACUAGGGCAUUCAGCGAAAUUCAGGGACUAACAGAUCAGGCAGACAAGUUGAUAGGACAGAAAAAUCUUCUGACUCGAAAACGGAAUAUUUUGAUACGGAAAGUAUCAUCUCUUUCAGGUAAGACAGAAGAAGUGGUCCUGAAGAAGCUGGAGUAUAUUUAUGCAAAACAACAAGCACUAGAGGCACAAAAAAGAAAAAAGAAGAUGGGAUCAGAUGAGUUUGAUGUGUCUCCCAGAACUAGCAAACAGCAGGAAGGAUCUGCAUCAUCUGUAGAUCUUGGACAGAUGUUUAUAAAUAACAGGAAGGGGAAACCUUUGAUUCUUUCCAGAAAAAGAGACCAGGCCACAGAAAAUACCUCACCCUCUAACACUCCACACACCUCUGCUAACAUCGUGAUGACUCCGCAAGGGCAGUUGCUCACCUUGAAGGGUCCUUUAUUCUCAGGACCAGUGGUAACUGUUUCUCCUGCUCUCUUGGAAGCGGAUCUGAAGCCUCAAGUUGCCACCAGUGCUGUGGCUCAAUCAGAAAAUGACGACUUAUUUAUGAUGCCAAGAAUUGUAAAUGUGACAUCAUUGGCCACAGAGGGAGGUUUGGUAGAUAUGGGUGGCAGCAAAUAUUCUCAUGAAGUUCCUGAUGGCAAGCCAUCUGACCACCUGAAAAGUACUAUCAGGAAUGAAGAUAACUCCUUUGAAGGUUCGGGUAGAAUCUCUUCCAGAAGCAACCAUAGAGAAGGCAGAAUGGCAUUGGGUCCAACACCAGUUUUUCUGGCAAAUAAAGAUUCUGGUUUUCCACAGAUAGUUGAUGUUUCCAGUAUGCAAGAAGCACAAGAGUUCUUACCCAAAAAGAUUUCUGGUGAAAUGAGAGGUAUUCAGUAUAAAUGGAAAGAGUGUGAAUCUAGACGGGAGAAACCGAAGCCAAAGGAGUCUACGUUUCAUAAAUUGAAGAUGAAAGAUCUCAAAGACUCAAGUAUAGAGAUGGAACUGAGAAAGGUAGCAUCUGCCAUAGAGGAAGCAGCGCUGGAUCCCAGUGAACUGCUAACUAACAUGGAAGAUGAGGAUGAUACUGAUGAGACACUGACUUCUUUGCUCAAUGAGAUUGCCUUUCUUAAUCAGCAGCUAAAUGAUGACUCUGUUAGCCUGGCUGAACUGCCCAGCUCUGUGGAUACGGAGUUCACAGGGGAUGCUCGACGGGCUUUUAUCAGUAAGCUUCCUCCUGGGAACCGAGCAACUUUCCAGGUUGGCCACUUGGGAACUGGUUUGAAAGAGUUACCUGAUGUACAAGGGGAGAGUGACUCUGUCAGUCCUCUCCUCUUGCACUUGGAAGAUGAUGACUUUUCUGAGAAUGAGAAACAACUUGUUGAACCAGCCUCUGAGCCAGAUGUCCUUAAGAUUGUUAUUGACUCUGAGAUAAAGGAUUCCCUCCUUCCCCACAGGAAAGCCAGUGAUGGAGGGAAGAGUACUUCUGGUGUCCCUGCAGAGCCUGAAAGUGUGUCCUCGCCUCCUGUCCUACACAUGAAGGCUGGCCUAGAAAACAGCAGCACCACAGAUACUUUGUGGAGGCCUAUGCCAAAGUUGGCACCUCUAGGUUUAAAAGUAGCUAAUCCCUCUAGUGAUGCAGAUGGUCAGAGUCUCAAAGUGAUGCCUUGUUUGGCACCUGUAGCUGCCAAAGUUGGAUCAGUUGGACACAAAAUGAACUUAACAGGGAAUGACCAGGAAUGCCGGGAGAGCAAGGUGAUGCCUACACUGGCACCUGUUGUGGCCAAAUUGGGCAACUCUGGGGCCUCACCAAGUUCUGCAGGGAAAUGAACUUACUUGUCCUCAGGCAGAAGCCAGGCUAUGAGGGAAACCUCCUUUCUCUAUAGGCAUCUUUGUGUCAUGGAACUGUGAUCCUUGACUUUGAUGCGGUGGAUGGAUGGUAGAGAAAGAGGGGUAGGGUGCUGACCUCGGUAUUAGAAAUAACUACUAUGAAAUUCUGAUCAUGUUAAAAUGUGUUACCUCACUUGUGGUGCUGGGUCUCCUCAUCCUCUCUAAGAAGAUGUGAUCCAUUACUGAACACGAGGUGCCCCUCUUACCUAAGGAAUUCAUAACAAGACUCUAGGUCCAUAGUGGUUCCUAGUUCUUCCCUCCCAGAUUAAAAGCUGCUUGAGACUUUGGAGUUGCUAUGGGCUGAACUGUAGUGGAUAGCUGUUGUUUUAAGUGGUUUAAGUCUGAAAUCCAAGGAAUGUGAUGCACUUGUGCAAAGGGAUCCAGAAGAGAUAGUUUUUAGUUGGUGUUUUAAGAGUAGUGGGAGAGAGGAUGGGUACCAUGGAAUACCAAAGUGAAACACUUUGUGUCAUUCAGCAAAAUUUUCUCUUCUUUUUCCCAAGUAGCUUCCAUUCCCUUAUUUUUUCAAUCAGAAUUAUAAAUCCAAGCCUUCUGGUAAAGUAGGAAUGCUUUUAACUUUUAAUACUAAGGUGAUUAUUUUGAGAUGUUAAGGAAAAUACUAGUUCUCCCUUACUGUCUGGGUGUUGAAAAGACAUUUCAUAGUACCAGGGAUUUCUACCUGGAAUAUAUAUUUUGGAGAUAGGCAUAGAGGGAGCCCUCCCCUUUUCACAAAUCACAUCACUCGAAAGACAGCUAAAAUGAAAAGCAUUCCCUGCCCAGACCAGAGACAGUGGCCAAAACAAAAAAUUGUGGGGCUGGAUGUUUCCCAAAUCAAACCAGCCUCCUGGUGCUUGAAGGUUUCAUUCAUUACCUGCACAGGAUGUAAAGAAAAGGAAAGUCACAGUAGGCACUCUUUACCAGGGAAAUGAGGCAGUAUUUGAAUCACGAGAUAUAUUUUUUAUUAUCUGCUACCAUGGAUUCAAUGAUCUGUAGAGCUUUUUCACUCAUUAGCUGUCAGGGUAUGAAGGACUGACAGCCUGUAAAGAUAAAGAUAUUUAUAUUUUUGUAUAGUUGUUUUCAUAGAUUUCUCAAAGGCUGAAGUUUUCAACCUAGAAGAUGAGAUUUGUAUUGAGUAUAGAAAUGACGUUUCCUAUCUAGUUUGUAAAUAAUCAUGGUGCACUUGAGGGGUCUCUUGGAAACUCCUGGGGGCAAGAAUCACUAUUCUGAAAAUGUAUAGAUUGGGAUUUAGCUGCUGCAUUUUGCCUUUCUUAAAUAAUUAUAUUUUGGAAUGUAACCCCUGUUCUGUCUUCAUUGACAGGAUUUGCUUGUGUUGUGAAACACUAACACAAGAGCUUCCAGUGCCUGGGCUGUGCCUAGGUGAUGCUGUUUCUUCUGCAUCCCCCCACCCCUUGCCUUCUUUAUGCCAAAUCCCACUCAGCAUAUCUUCAGACAUAGUUUGUGAGACCAGCUUUGGAAUGGUUCUAGCCAGUGAAUUAGUACUAACAUGGUUGGUUCCCUUUCUCGUAACUCUGGUAAUCAGCAGAUUGAAAAAGCGUGGAAAAUUUCCUCCGCAAAUUACAGUGAGAGCAAAUUCAUUGUUGGUUUUGUGCUACUUGCCUUUCUAGAUCUGCUUAUCAGCAUUCAACCUUCCCUCCUUUAAAGGUUCUUGAAGAAGCUUGAAGUAGGUAAUGAGUGCCCCUCAGCUUCUCAUUAUCCCUCCCACUCCUCUUCACCCAGCAGAUUUCAUUCAAUGCCUUAGCCAAGGAGUCCAGCGCCUGUCUCCCCUGCUAAUAAUUGUCCUUGGAGAUCUUAGUACUUUAAUCCAGGUAUCGCAGUUUCCCAUUAUUAACUUGCUUGUCUCAUCCUCACAUUUCCUCCUGACUUCCCAAGGCUCUUGUUACGGCUUUUGAGGGUCAGCCAAGGAGAAGGCAAGUGAGUUGAAUAAUCCUCAGGAAAAGAAGGACCAUUCUGCUUCUGAACACUGUUUCCUUUUUUAGAAGAAAAUAGAUAAACAGGUAAUAAUCAGUUCUUGAUGGGAAGAUAGUUGACAUGAGAGAUGUACAAAGAUGGAAAUGAGAGAUGAUUCCACGUGUUUAAGGAAGGCUGCAGAUGUCUUUACAAACUCUCAAGAUAAUGGCGUUUUCAAGACCUCUUAGAACUACUAAGUUGUGAGGGCUAAUUUGGAGGGCUUGGUCUUUACAAUAGUCCUGCAGUCUUGACAGAAAUCUCAAAUCUCCAAAAACUCCUACCCUUUAACCUUACCCCAGGAGAAACUGAUCUAUGAAAAUGACAUUUAUGAUUAUGAAAGAUGUAGUUGAGUGAGAGGAGUUGAGGAAUUGGGAGGAUAGUGAGCUCUCACCCUAACACUAUAAGAAGCAUGAUCUCAGUAGACCAAUAAUUCGCCUUUUUAUACAUCUGUAAAUAAAUGGAAUGUUUUUAAGAAUAUAAUUAUGUCAGAUUUAGCCUUUUCUUUUAUAUAUUAAAUAUAUAUCUUUCCUUUUCUGCUUUUGAAAAAUGACUUAUUUUUUUAGAAACAUAAGUUUGGUGAGUGGAAGGCAGAAUGUAUAAACUUGAAACAAAUCAGAUAUAAUAAUUAAAGCAGGAUUUGUUGGGAGGUUUGUGCUGAGUUGGAGCAGAGAAAUUUAAUGCCCUGAGUCUAUGAGAGAGGUGCCACUGAAGUAGUUUUAUCAUAGGAAUUCCUUGCUGUUUUCAAAGUGUCUGAUACGCCGUUUGGGGGAGAUUUUUGCUAAUUGUAGCAUGUUUUACAUGGAGACUUCAAAAUUUUACACAAAUUGACGGCAAGUGUUUGUCUCAAGAAGUUUAGAGUGAAGAAAGGCUAGCCUUGUAAUAUUAAUGUGUGCAAGGUAUACCAGUUACCUUAGAGAAUAAGGAGACAGUCUGAGGGGCUAAGGACAAUAAAUGUUCUUGAAGCAAAGUACAUGUUUACUAACUAGUAUCAGGAUUUAUAAAAAGUUUUGUUAAAGGGGUCCUUCAGACAUUGAGACGAAGAUAACAUAAAAUCUGUGUAGUAUGUAUUAUAAACUUCAUGCAAAUUACUUUGGGUAAAUGUAUAAUAAAUUCAGGGUUUUUCCCCCUAGAACUAUGAAGGAAAUACCUGGCAGGCCCUUCUGUAACAAGUUUGAAAAUGUUUUGAACACAGAUGAAAAGCAGAUAAUCCAUAUAUAAUUUGGGGCAGUGUUUAGUAGUAGUUUUUUUUUUCCUCUCUCUCUCUCUCUCUCUCAAUUAUAUUGGUUAAGAUAAUUGAAUGGGAUCAGGUGAAUAGAGAGGUAAAUGCACUUUGAAGAUGGGUCUGAAAAACGGUGAUAACCCUUGUUCCUCCCACCCAGAUUAAAAAACAAUGCACAGAGUAGAGUAGGCAGCACCUUUUCAGGUACUUUCAUGGAGAAUGAUGGAUAACCAAGAAUCUCAAUACCUUUCUUGCACAUAAUUGUUGAUUUCAAAGAAAAUGCUUGUGAGGGCAUCAAAUCUUCAUGUUAUUGUAUUAUCUCUAAUGAAAUUUUACAUGAACACGAAUGGCUGGAUACAGAGAAAAUUAAAGCUGAGGUACACAGACUCUCACUACCAUUUGGAGAAAAAGAUCAGUCAAAAAUAAAUGCAUUUUCAAAACUAAGGGGAAUAAUUUGAUAUAAAUUCUGAACUGAGGCAUGUUUGUAGUAUAUUAAGUAUGCUUUAACUGCUCUACAGAGGUACAUAAGCAUUGAGUAAUGGUGUGAUGGAGGCGUAUGUGGAGGGUGAGAAGGCUGAACCAUGGAAUGAGUUGGGUAUUUUGAGACAAAUCUAAGCUCUACUAAAUUUCUUAAAUCAUUGCAAACUGCUGUUAGAAGAGAUUAUGUUAAAUAGGAAAGCAGUCUUGGAAGCAUUGUUUUGAGAUCCAUCCUGUUUCCAACUGCAGGCAUUGAUCUCAGCUGUCCCACAGUGCCUUGCAUGUGAAGGUGCUCAAUAAAUAUUUGAACUGAUGAGCAAAUGUUUACUCCAGCCUAUUAGUUUUCUAGGAUCUUAGAAUUGCACCUUUUUGCAUGUUAAGCCUAGAGUGAAUUUAAAAAUCUGGUCUAAUGAACAUAGUGCAAAAUUGUAUGCAUCUAUUCCUAGACAUCUACAUUUUAGAAUAUGACAACCAUGUAUGUUUAGGACAUACACAGGCAGAAUAAAAAGUGAAAUAGUGUAUGGUUGGUGAAAUACUUACAUAAGGGUCAACUGCAUUUGCAGGGUGGGUUGGCAAUUAGUUUGGAGAAAAGGGAAUAGCGCUUUUAUUCACACUAGACCUAGGAUUACUGUUUUCUGAGGAAAUAAUUCAUGAAGCGUGGGAACAGCCUAUAGCCUAUUCCCAUAUUGAAAAGCUGCAUGGUAAUCUAGACAAUAAAUGGAUUAAAUGGUGAAGAAUUAAAAAUACAUGGUUUUUGUUGACCUUAGACUGGAAGUACACAGAUUCUAGACUUAGAAUAUCUCAUUACACUGUUCUCAGUUUUUCAGCCAGAUCAUUUUAGACAAUGAAAGGAGCUUGGAUUUGCCUCUACAACUUCAGAUGAGAGUAAUUUGGGGAACACUUUCUCUAAGGGGAUAAACCAGGCUAACUCUGGACAGGAAAUGACCAAUGACACUUUGUAAACCUAUUCGUCUGGCCACAAGUGAUGUGAGAAAACCACUAGAGGACACAAAAAUGU